GCGUGGUGAAUAUCUGCAUCAGAAUCCAUCGCAGCGAGAUGUGACUGAUGUCAAAAGUGAAAAAUUUUCGAGAGUCGGCUGCAAACGAAAUCUGGAUCGAAAAUUGUGGAAUGCAUUGAACGCCAGAAACGAAGUAAAUACCGCUGUCGCGUUUGUAAUUGCCGGAAGUACGUUGUGCAGUGUGGAUUAACCGCGGAAAACGCGAACUGUGCGUGCGAAAGUGGCGAACAGAUUUUCCCUUUGACGAAAGACGGGAGGAUUAGGUGGCCCCGAUAGACGGAGGAGAGAAAGAGAGUGAGUGUGACUGACAAUCAUCCGACGAAUAUAAAAAAAAAAUCUUCCAGCCACAAAAAGAAGUGUUUUUGAUAACGGAGCGGAGGGCUUCUGUUUGAAGUAGGAAAGAAAGCAACACAGAAGGAAUAUUGUUCUCCGACAAUGUCCGGAUUCGACGAUAACCCGUUCGGCGAGCCAAUAGUCGAUAAUCCGUUUGCGGACCCUUCGAUUCAGGCAGCUACUCGCAACAGCACCAAUCCCCAACAGACACUGGACGAUUAUGACCCGUUCUCAAAUGAAGCGCAACAGCAGCGUACACAGAACAACUUUGGCCAACCUGCCACCCUGCAGCCCUCGUCACAAACCGUUCCGGCUUACAGUCCGAGUGCGGCGCAGUACAACAAUAAUGGAGCGCCCGGUGCCAGCAGUCCCUCAGCGAUGACACAGAUUUCCACUGCCGAACUGCAGCGGCGCCAAGAUGAGCUGGAAAAAAAGGCCCAGGAACUGGAACGUCGGGAGGCCGAACUGAUGAACAGUGCCAACGCCAGUCGGCCGAACAAUUGGCCUCCGUUGCCGUCGUUUUGUCCGGUACAGCCGUGCUUCUAUCACGACAUCAACAUCGACAUCCCGACCGAGUUCCAGAAGAUCGUCCAGAACCUGUACUACCUGUGGAUGUUCUACGCUCUGGUCAUGGUGGUCAACAUCCUCGGUGGGUUGGUGUUGUUGAUUCAUGAUGGGGAAUUCCGCACGUUUGGAUUGGGCAUCUUCUACGCGGUGCUCUUCACUCCGGCUUCGUUCCUGUGUUGGUACCGCCCGGCGUACAAGGCGUUCAAGAACGAUUCCAGCUUCAACUUCAUGAUGUUCUUCUUCAUAUUUUUCUUUCAAACGUUGGUCACCAUUAUCCAGACCAUAGGUUUUCCUGGGUCCGGUACGUGUGGUGUUAUUACGGCUAUCUCGCAGUUUAGCGCUGGCGGUAUUGGAAUUUUGGUCGGUAUCUUCAUAUUGGCUAUCGCUUUCGGGUAUGGCUCGUGCGCUGCUGGCAACGUUUUUAUGUUGAGCAAGAUCCACGCCAUCUACCGCAGUGGUUCCGAGACGAACCGAAUCACGAUGGACAAAGCUCGCCAGGAGUUCCAGUCCGGCUUUUUUGGGAAUCAAAUCGUGCGGGAUGCGGCGGCCGGUGCGGCGAGGGCUACCGUGCAAUCGCAGUUCAACCAGAACAGGUACUGAAAUUCAAUCCCAAAUACAAAACAAGCAAACAAACACUACAAAAAAACAUACAAACUAUUACUACUAUUAUAUUUACGAAGCAUUACCCACUUUCGAGUUUACCGUUUAUUUAUAUUUAAAAUCUAUUACAUACUGGCGUGUAGUCAUGACCCAGAACGGCUGUUGACCUGGUUUUCUACUCUCCUCACUACCUUUGCGAUCACUACUUGAUCCCCUCACAACCCGAUUCUUCCCGUUGAUUCUACGUUCUUUCUAUAGUGUUCCCGUUUCCUCUGUCCGCUUCAAAGUAACCAUGCCCUACUUACUUCACUUUUUUUUCUAUUUUAAAAAUUAUCUGAACGAAAGUAGUUUCUGUUUCUUGUUUUGCUCCGUUGUGGGACUCGUUUCUUCCCAUAAACGCUUUAUCGAUUAAGUAUGGUCUGUUCCAAUUUGAGAUUCGAUUUAUCAUGCUUGAGUUUUUGAGUUUAAAUGACCACUCGACGAUGAAUCAUAAUCAUUGAGAAUAAGGAAGCAAAUUGUUAGACGUUAGAAAGCAUGGAAAGCAGGGCUAAAUAAAUUGUGAGAACAAACAUUCAAAAAACCCUAAAUUAAACCUUUAUCACGUUAAAUGGAUAAGCUAGUAACUGCUAAGCAUAAAUCAAAAAAAAAAAAACAAACCAACACACUUCAGUGAUCAUUCAAAAUGAUUAGACUUAACUUUUAAACUUACCACACAGAGACUAAAAGAACCUUCUUGCGCGAUAUGGUAUGCGACAUAGACUACGGUAGCGAUAACUGAAAGUGAACUGUAGGAGAGGUAGAUUUGUUUUUCUGAUAGUCAUGAGUUGAGAAGUUAGACAUGAUAAGUUAAAGAGAAAGGCACUGCUUCGUUGUUUAUUGCCUACUUAAUAAUUAUUGAAUAAAAGAUAAUGAUCAACUCUGAAAAAGAAGCACGUUUUUGAUCGUCCUUUUUGAAUUAGUUGUUAGGCAAAGCGAAGAAAAGGAUAUCCGUCUCAUUCGUCUUCGGUUGAUGUAAGAAGUGAAUAUAAAAUUAGUGAGAGGAGUACACAUUAACUCAAUUUACAUUAAAUUAACAAGCAUAUAAAUGUCAGUGCCCUGUUGGUUUUUCGUACUUCACUUCAGGAAGACUGACUCUACUUUUCCAAUUCGAGGCGGUUUCUGUAGAAAGAUUUAAUUUUAUACUAAAAAGGGGUACAAAAUGGGCGCACCCAUACUUAAGCUUUUGUAGGUCGGUUCAUGAAGAGCUCGAUUAACUUUGUGAGAAAUGAGAAUUCCAGUUUGUUCGUUUGUUAAACGAUUCGCGUGUCUAGAUUUUUUAUAUUUUUGGCAAUGGCAAUAGUUUUGCGACACGAACAGCACGGUCCAUACCCAGAUGUAACAAAUAACACAUUACAUAAUAAACGUCAAGUCUAUUUAAAUCAGAA